AUGUAAAAAGAUUCAAGCAGAGACACUUUUGAAAAGAAAUUCUAAUAUGUCACAAAGAAAAGAGUGUUAGCAUAUAAAAAACUGAUAAAAUCAUAAAACAUUCUCAACAUAAAAGGAGGAACUGAAUUUCUAGAGGGCAUAAAUAACAAACCUUAUAUGUCUGAAGAUGACUAAAAAGAGUUCAAUUAGAAAUUUUCACAAUAAUACAAUCAUAUACAAACUCUCUACAAAAAAUGCUUAAAAAGUAGAAUGACCAGUAAAUACAAUAAACAAAAAAGGGAAAAAGUCUCUUUCAUUAUGAAUAAAGAUCUUGUAUAUGAUUUUUGAAUUAAACUAUUUUUUUUAUAUAUUGAUAACAAUAUUUUAAAUCAAAA